AUGAAGAAGAGCCUCAGCUUGGCCGCGAGGGCUGGUCCCCGAAUCCUAUCAUCUGCCGCCGUUACACGGCCCACAUCAUUCGGCGCUCUCAGACUCUCUCAACAAAGCGUACGAUGCGCUUCGGGGAGUUCUUCUGACCUGAAGAAGACUCCUCUCUAUGGCUUCCAUGUUGCCAAUGGAGGAAAGCUGGUGCCGUUUGCUGGCUACUCGCUCCCUGUUCAAUACUCAAACCUCUCACUUGCUCAGUCGCAUCACUUUACUCGUGAGCAUGCCUCACUUUUCGAUGUGAGCCACAUGGUGCAGCACAUUUUCAAGGGCAAGGAUGCAGCUGCUUUCUUGGAGAAACUCACUCCCUCAGACUGGACAAAUCAGGGUGUCAUGCAGAGCAAGUUGACAACGUUCUUGUGGCCUGGUACUGGAGGUAUCGUCGAUGAUUCGGUUGUCACCAGACUUGGCGAGGAUACCUACUACGUUGUCACCAACGGCGCCUGUCUUGACAAGGACACCAAGUAUCUCGAUGAGGAGCUUGGCAAGUUCGGCGGAGAUGUUCAGUGGUCACGUCUCGACAACUCCGGUCUCGUUGCCCUCCAGGGCCCCCAGAGUGCCGAGGUUCUAAGCGAGGUCCUCGCCAGCGAAGUUGAUCUCUCAAAGCUCUACUUUGGCAAUGCCGUCUGGGCUGAGCUUAAGCUCGCUGACGGCAGCAAGACUCACCCUGUCCUCAUCAGUCGAGGUGGCUACACUGGAGAGGACGGCUUUGAGAUUUCAUUCAACGGAAAGGAAUAUCCUGCCUUUGAGACAACAACCCCUGCUAUCCAGGCCCUUCUUAGCAAGGCUGGUCCCGAGCGCCUUCAGCUCGCUGGUCUGGGUGCUCGUGACUCUCUCCGUCUCGAGGCUGGUAUGUGUCUGUACGGCCACGACCUCGAUGAUACCACAACACCCGUCGAGGCUGGUCUUAGCUGGAUCAUCCCCCCUACCCGUCGCGAGGCCGGAGGCUUCCACGGUGCCGAAACCAUCAUCCCUCAACUCACACCCAAGAGCAAGGGCGGUUCAGGUGUCACCCGCCGCCGCAUCGGUCUCUUCGUCGACGGAGCUCCCGCUCGUGAAGGUGCCGAGAUUCACAAGGACGGUGAGAAGAUCGGUGUCAUCACAAGUGGUGUUCCCAGCCCUACACUUGGCAAGAAUAUCGCCAUGGGCUACAUCAAGAGCGGCAACCAGAAGGCCGGUACCGAGGUGGACGUUGUGGUACGAGGAAAGGCCCGUAAGGGUACCGUCACCAAGAUGCCUUUUAUCCAGACAAAGUACUGGAAGGGUACUGCGCCUGCUUAG